CAAAACAAACGCGUCUGGAAAGCCAAAAGGCGGUGAAUUUUUAAAGAAUUAAAGAAAAGGCAGCAAAAUAAGUUAGCAAAUGGCCAUAACAAUGAAUGAGUCCUCUUACGAGAAGCGGCUAAAGGUCAUUUUUGACAAACAGAUUCGCUUGGAAGUUCGUGAGGCGAACGUAAUCAAGAAUAUCUCCAAAUUCAAGAGCAAUUUGGUGGAUACCAAACAGGCAGUCGUUCGCCAUCGUCGGGAAGUGGAAAAGUUUCAAAAAGAUAUACUGCAGCGCAGCGAGGAAAUGGAAAAGCGAUGUUCGUUCAUGGAGGAAUUGUCCCAGGAACUGGAGGCCACCAAACAAAGGAAUUUGGUCAUGAAGGAGCAGCUAAAAGAGCACAAAAUGUUGGCCACACAGCGCAACAACAAACUCAUGGAAAGCAUCCACACGCUGAAGCAGACAACGGGGACCUACAUAAAUAACGAUGCGUUGCCGGCACGUGUGAAAGGUGUCACUGCACUGCGAGCAGCCAGUGCGGACCACUUAAUACCCUUUGAUCUGGAGGCAGCCGAUGUCGAAGGAUUGUCUUCACUUUGUCAGCAUCUUCAAAGCUUUAACAUCGACGUUUCACAAUGGCGACAGCUCGUCUCGUUGGCCACGGAAAAAUCUACGGAUUCGCGUGCACCAAACACUCCGCCCAAGGAGGCCACCAAGUUCAAUCCCAUAAUUGAGAUUGAUCUCACCUCCCCGACGAGUUAGAAUUGACUUCCGAUUAGCAAACUAGUUUUGGCUGGAGAAGCCCCUCUGCCAUAAUAACACUUUAAAUUGGCAUUAUGAAUAGUUGGCGACAAAAUAAUAGCACAGUUAAUUCUAAUUGCCGUUUAAGCCUAAAAAUUUAACCGAUUUAAACAGUUAUUUUUAGCGUGAUAAAUAUAAUUUGUAAUUGUUUAAUUGUCAGCCAUAAAUAUAUACCUACAUUAUCGAUAAGAUUAAAAAAAAGUUUAUCUUCAUUUUUUACAAAAACUUUUUAAAUAUACUGCUUAAGAAUUAUAUA